AAAUUCGGAGAAAAUAUGCGGGGCACCGGCCUUAUUCUUAACGCCAGAUAAAUAUGUCUUGAGACCUGGAGGCUGCGCUGAAAUGGUAGGCCGUCAAAAUACAAGUAGUAACGAAUACUGCCAUUUAUAAUUUUUGUCGAAUCUGAGUCGGGAGACGCACUGUCACUGUGACUGUGGACCGGAGGCUCGCAGGCAGGGGAACAGCGAACGAACGGGAGCCGAACUGACGGCCCGGGCCGGAUUGCGAUGGUCUCCCAGGAGCAGAUCGCGGUUGUUGUGACCGGGUUCGGUCCUUUCCGACAGUACCUGGUCAAUCCCAGCUGGCGGGCAGCUCAGGGUCUGAAGAGGUUGGGUUUGGGACAAGAUGUGGUCAUUUAUGCUAAGGAACUGCCUGUGAGUUACACAGCAAUCCAGCAAAUCAUAGCUGACAUAUGGGACACCAUGAAGCCUAAGAUGGCAGUCCACAUGGGAAUCGCCCCAGGCUCUAAAGCAGUGACCUUGGAGCAGUGUGGAAAGAACCAGGGAUAUAAACAGAGGGAUGUGUGUGGCGCCUGCCCACCUGGUCACUGCUGUGUGGAGGAAGGUCCAGACACUCUGUUCUCCAUCAUAGACAUGAAACCUCUUGUAAAGCGCUUUAAGAGCAUGGGGCUGGAUAUCAUUUACUCAAGAGAUGCUGGGAGGUACCUCUGUGAAUUUGCAUAUUACUACUCACUGUACAUCAGUAAAGGCAAGGCAGUCUUCUUGCACCUGCCCACCUGCGGCGUCCUGGCAGACAUGGGCAGGCUGGUCCCCGUGCUGCAGGCCAUCAUCCAGGCCGUGCUGUGCCAGCUGGAGGGUCCACAUGCGGUACCGCAGCACCAUGGGCAGGCUGCGCACUAACCCUAACCCACACAGAACACCUAAACCAUGCUAGAAUGUUAGAGCUGGUCUGUCCCCACACAGUCUGUAAUCACACCGUCAACAAGGGAACCAAAAUCCACACAGAAUUAGACUGAUGCUUCACGUGUCCCUGAGAACCAACCCCGGACAAAAUUACAGAUAAUUUCAUUUCUGUUUAGGUUUUGAAGUACUUUAGGUACUAAACAAUGCAAUAUCAAAUGAAACUAAAAUGGACUUUUCAUCCAUUCAAACAAUAUUUAUGCUUAGCAUAAUGUAAAGAAUUCAUAUAAUGCUGAUAUCAGUACAGUAAUACAUUUUUACAAACACAGUAAAAAAAAAAUAAAAACCCUCCUCUCCCAAAUAAUUUAAACACAUGAAUCGGAUUAAUAAUUUACAGAGAAAAUUCUUGAUAAGGGAUUAUACAGCUCUUUUAAGCACCUUUGAAUGGAGAAACAAAUAAAAAAAUUGUCACAUCAGAUAUUCUUUCCAGUGGUUAAAAUGAGGUGAAGGAUUAUUGUCACUACGAAAUACCACGCAAAUCCUCACCCGGCCAUCAGUCUGCUGGUAAGAACUGUCACAAAACCAGAAACCAGGGCUACCAACAUGUCUGGUCAUAAAACCAUAGUUCCUUGGGGAAUGUAUUUACAUCUUGCACAUAUUUGAGGCAUUAUCAUAAUGUGAGUUCAAGGCCACCUGUCAAACUCCUUUAGCUAUGGAAUCUGAAAUUGUUCUUCCAUUUCGAAAUUGUGUACAAAAUGUUACUG